AUGAGGAAGUUAGUUUCUAUUUUGGAGAACCAGUUCGGAUUCAUGCCGGGGCGUUCGACUACAAAAGUCAUUCACCUGGUGAGGAGGUUGGUGGAGCAGUAUAGGGAUAUGAAGACUGACUUGCACAUGGUGUUUGUCGACCUUGAGAAGGCUUACGACAAAGUCCCAAGAGAGGUGUUGUGGAGAUGUCUGGAAGCUAGAGGUGUUCCUGUAGCAUACAUUAGAGCGAUUAAGGACAUGUAUGAUGGAGCCAAAACCCGGGUGAGGACGGUUGGAGGUGACUCGGAACACUUUCCAGUCACGAUGGGCCUGCACCAGGGGUCCACGCUUAGCCCGUUUCUGUUUGCUGUGGCAAUGGACGCUUUGACAAGCCACAUUCAAGGAGAGGUACCGUGGUGCAUGUUGUUUGUAGAUGACAUUGUGCUUAUUGACGAGUUGCGGAGCGGUGUUAACGCGAGACUGGAGGUUUGGCGACAGACUCUGGAGUCGAAGAGUUUCAAGUUGAGCAGGACUCAGACAGAGUACUUAGAGUGUAAGUUCAGUAAUGGGAGUCAAGUAGAGGACGAGGACGUGCAGCUGGAUACUCAGUGUAACUUAAACUUUGAUAAAAUUACAGUAAAUAACAUACUGUUAGGAUACACUGAUAUUGUAGAAGUUCUUGCAAUGAAAAUUAAGCUAAAUCAAAGAUUACUACAUAAGGAAGAUGAGUUAAUUGGAUGUGUGGCUUAG